AUGGCAGCAGAGAAAGACAGCCUCGAGAUCAGCCAACUUCCACCGGCGGCAGUACCGGGACCGGGACCGGGACUAGACCACUCGCACGAUGUGCAGAACAGCAAGCUAGAACCUCACCCGGACUCCAUCGAUCCGGUCAUGCCUGGUAGAUCGGUUCUCCUUCGACACCAGCGCGUGCUACUCGCGCCUGUGACUCCAGCCCCAGCUACGAUCGCUGCAACUCAGUCGAGCGAGAAGAGUCAGGCGAAUGGACGCUCACCCGCGGGAAGCAGGAUGUCGUUGAAGAUGGAGCACAUAAGAGACGUAUGGGCUGAUCUAAAGCGCAGAGUCACUCCGCAGCAGUACCCCCGCGCGUGGCUCCUCUUCGUGGCCAUUAUUACUAUCGCGGCCGGCGUUAUCAUCGUGGUUCUGCGUGUAGCUGGAUGGUGCGGUAUCGCCGUCGAGACGAUGCACCACCUGGAGUUGGUGAACGGGGCGAUGGCUACUACGAUUGUACUACCUGCGCCUCCGAACCUGGAGGUUGCUAAAGGGGCUGCUGUCACGAGCACGGGAAAGGAGGGCGAUCUGUUGAGUCGUAAGCCUACGGGGUUCAAUGCGGAGAUGUUGGUGGGAGCUGUGACUUCGGGGACAGGCGGUCGAGACGUCGUAUCGGAUCUUUCUACAGGUUCAACCCCUAUUUACGAGCUUACGGCGAAGACUGCUGUGGCGAGGGAUCAGACCACCACGGUCUACGUCACUGUCACAGCCCCCCCUGAGUCGACUUCUACCACUUCGAGCGAGGGUACGGGCACGGGUACAAGCGCAAGUUCAAUUCUGAGCCACGGUACAGCUCCGGCAGCUUCCAUGACCACAGCACCUAUAACCGCAUCACCGACAACGACUACGUCUACGAGCACAGAGGAACCCCACAUCUACUGCCCCGAUCCCGAGCGCCCCCUAAUCUGGGCGCCCUGCAUCGAUCACCCGACUUCAGAUGCGUCCCGCGGAGUAGCGAACCCCUUUCUAACUGCAUGCCGUGUUCUGGCGGCCUUGUGGAAGACGGCUACGGGUUAUAGAAGUAAGAAAUCGGUGUGA